UCUUUAGGAAGAAUAAAAACAGUAUUGGGAGAAUCUAAGCUUCCAAGUUUAGUGGCCCGCCCCUUGCUUUUCCGGGGAGCAUGAAGAGGGAAAUUUACUAGGGCCACAAGGAUCAACCGCUGUAAAAGAAGAGGCGGCGGCGACGACGACGGCGGAUUGCAGUAAAGCAAUAGGAACAUGGAGAAGGUAGAGGCGGAGAGAAAGGUAGAAGAAUCUGUGGAGGAAGAUGAUCAAGUGGUUAAUCCAUGGCAAGUUUCGGGCAAAGACGGCGGCAAAAUCGACUACGACAAGCUAAUUGACAAAUUCGGCUGCCAGAGGCUCGACCAGUCUCUCGUCGAGCGAGUACAGCGGCUGACCUCUCGUCCUCCUCAUGUCUUCCUCCGCCGUGGCGUCUUCUUUGCCCAUCGGGACUUCGAAGAAAUUUUGAAUGCGUACGAGAGGGGAGAGAAAUUCUACUUGUAUACGGGAAGAGGACCUUCUUCUGAAGCUUUGCAUUUGGGGCAUCUCAUUCCCUUUAUGUUUACCAAAUAUUUGCAAGAUGCAUUUAAGGUUCCCCUUGUGAUACAACUCACUGACGAUGAGAAGUGUAUGUGGAAAAAUCUCUCUGUGGAAGAGAGCCAGAGGCUUGCUCGUGAGAAUGCGAAGGACAUCAUUGCUUGUGGUUUUGAUAUUUCGAAAACCUUUAUCUUUGCUGAUUUUGAUUAUGUUGGUGGCGCUUUCUAUAAAAACAUGGUGAAAGUUGGCAAAUGUGUUACAUACAAUAAGGUUGUGGGUAUUUUUGGGUUUACUGGUGAAGAUCAUAUUGGAAAAGUUAGUUUUCCACCAGUGCAGGCAGUUCCUUCAUUUCCGAGUUCAUUCCCACAUCUUUUCUCUGGCAAGGAUGAUCUUCGAUGCUUAAUACCUUGUGCAAUUGAUCAAGAUCCUUAUUUUCGGAUGACAAGAGAUGUAGCUCCUCGUUUAGGAUAUCAUAAACCUGCAUUGAUCGAAUCUUCUUUCUUUCCUGCUCUGCAGGGGGAGAAUGGAAAGAUGUCUGCUAGUGAUCCAAAUUCUGCCAUAUAUGUGACUGAUUCUGCAAAAGACAUAAAAAAUAAGAUAAACAAAUAUGCAUUCUCUGGUGGCCAAGAUUCCAUAGAGAAGCACAGAUUAUAUGGUGCAAAUCUCGAGGUAGAUAUACCCAUUAAAUACCUGAACUUCUUCCUGGACGACGAUGUCGAACUUGAACACAUAACAAAGGAGUAUGGUGCUGGACGCAUGCUGACAGGUGAGGUGAAGCAGCGGCUUAUACAAGUAUUAACUGAAAUGGUAGAAAGACAUCGUAGAGCUCGGGCUGCUGUGACAGACGAGAUGGUGGAUGCGUUUAUGGCAGUGAGGCCUCUCCCUAAUAUGUUCGCUUGAAAGAAGUCAUUUUUCAAACCACUAUUUAUGAUUUAAUUCAAGGGCGACCUGCAAUCGAUGCGACGGGUUGGGGGCUCGUGUUUCGACCCUCGUCAAAUUUAUCAUUUAAUCCAACGAAAUGUGUCUUUAAUCAUUUAUAAACUUGAGGACUUUUUAUUUUCUAACUUCAAGUUACUAUAACUUGUACUAUCCAAAUUUUGUAUUAUUAGGGAAGCUAUUGUUACACACUGCUGUUUGCAUUUUCCAUUGUUAGACUUGUAGAAAAUGAAAUUUGAUUUUGUUGGUA